UUUUAUUUCAGGUGCCUUGACUGCUGGUAUCCAGUACACUUGAACUGAACUCAUGGCCUUUGUCAAUGUGACUGAGCUGAUUAUCGCUGGCCUUUUCCAGGACCCAGAGGUUCAGAAGGUGUGCUUUGUGCUGUUCCUUCCUGUGUACCUGGCCACAGUGUUGGGCAAUGGCCUCAUUGUUGUGACAGUCAACAUCAGUAAGAGUCUGUAUUCCCCCAUGUACUUCUUCCUCAACUACUUGUCAUUGGUGGAGAUCCUCUACUCCUCUACUGUUGUCCCUAAAUUCAUCACUGACUUACUUAACACGAUUAAAACCAUCUCUCCAAAGGGCUGCCUAGCUCAGAUUUUCUUCUUCCACUUCUUUGGGGUCACUGAGAUUCUCUUGCUUACAGUGAUGGCUUAUGACCGCUAUGUGGCCAUCUGCAAACCUCUUUACUACACAACUAUCAUGAGUAGGCCCAAAUGUCACCGCCUGGUGGCUGGCUCCUGGGUGGGGGGAUUUUUUCAUUCUAUAAUUCAGAUUUUCAUCACUCUCCCUUUGCCUUUCUGUGGUCCCAAUAUGAUUGACCACUACUUCUGUGACCUCCAUCCCUUAUUCAAGUUGGCCUGCACUGACACUUUUGUGGUGGGGGUUAUUAUGUUUGUUAACAGUGGAUUAUUUUCUGUAUUUUCCUUUCUUUUCUUGGUGUCCUCUUACAUUGUUAUCCUGUAUAACUUGAGGAACCACUCUGCAGAGGGGAGGCGCAAGGCUUUAUCCACCUGUGCAUCUCACAUCAUGGUGGUCGUCUUGUUCUUUGGACCUGCCAUCUUCCUCUACUUGAGACCGGCCUCCACCUACACUGAAGACAAGCUUGUGGCUGUGUUCUACACGGUCAUCACGCCCAUGCUGAACCCCAUCAUCUACACACUCAGAAAUGCAGAGGUGAAAAAUGCUGUGAGGAAGUUGUGGGGCAAAAAAGUGAGCUCAAGUCUGGAAUAAAAUGAAAAGCAUGAGACAAUCAACA